AUGGAGUCGUUAGCAUCGCCGCCGUGCCUCCGCCUAACACCGACGGCACGCCCUCAGCUCCAUUCGCGUCAAUCUUCAUCCGCCUGUUACAUUCACGGUGGCUCUUCUGUGAAGAAAUCCAAUAACCUCUCAUUCUCCUCAUCCGCAUCCGGUUUUCCGUCAACACUCGCUGUAGAGAAGGAGCUACGCUCUUCAUUCGUACAGACGGCCGCUGUUCGCCAUGUCACUGGGUCCCUGAUCAGAGGGGAAGGUCUUAGAUUCGCCAUCGUUGUAGCUCGUUUCAAUGAGGUAGUGACAAAGUUGCUUUUGGAAGGAGCAAUUGAGACUUUCAAGAAGUAUGCAGUCAGAGAAGAAGACAUCGAAGUGAUAUGGGUUCCUGGUAGCUUUGAGAUAGGUGUUGUUGCACAAAAUCUUGGGAAAUCAGGAAAAUUCAAUGCCGUUUUGUGUAUCGGCGCUGUGAUAAGAGGAGAUACCACACAUUAUGAUGCUGUUGCCAACUCAGCUGCCUCCGGAGUACUUUCUGCUGGCAUAAACUCAGGUGUUCCAUGCAUCUUUGGAGUACUGACAUGCGAGGACAUGGAUCAGGCUCUGAAUCGAUCUGGUGGCAAAGCCGGGAAUAAGGGAGCUGAAACAGCUUUGACGGCGCUCGAGAUGGCGUCGUUGUUUGAGCACCACCUGAAAUAG